AUGAGCAACGCCAACAAUGCUGCUAGCAUAGCUGCUCUAGCGGCGUUUAAUGCAGGCAAGAAGAAAGACGUGGAUGGUAAUACAACCACACACCCGCGACCAACUGGCCAAACACACAUGCAACAGCCACAGCCCAGAAGAAGCCCGACUCAGAAAAUUGUUACAACCACUACCACCAAAAAAGUAGGGAAUGCUCACACAGAUACAGCACCACUGGCGACACUUCAACCAGGAUAUUCACCCAUUCAGAAGCCACACAUCUAUGAUUCUUUGUCUGAUUAUGAAGACAGGGCAAGUAAUGGAGAUUACUUUACCCAAACACCACGCCAGGUAUCACGACGAAGUUCAGCCAAGCUGCCAAACUACCUGCCAAUGUUACUGCCACAAUCACCAAGGGAUAUGAUCAGCAGCGUAAAGAAUUCAAUAGAUUCCAAAGCCAUCAACAACGACGCCAGUUGUAAGCGAUUAUCGCUCGAUUAUUCGCCGCAUGAGAUGUUGAAGAAUCUUAAAGAUUCAUUAAAUAGAAAGUCUCAGUCGCAAAAUAUACCCAAGUUCAUGGAUUCCAGAGGUCAGACAAUUCUCGAUGGAGUUAGGGAGCGAGUCGGUGACAAUAUGAGAGAGACAUCGAAUAAUUUGGCCAAUCUUAGUCUAAAGCAGUACGAGUUCCAGAAGGCUAAUUCUGACGCCGAAUGUGGUAACAAUUAUAGUCGAAACGACUCCCGUACAUCAUUUGAAACGUGUCCAAAUGAUGUAGAGUCAAGACUGAACUCACGUCGCCAGCUGCUGACUCCUAAUGCACAUGGAGUGAGGAUAGAUGUGACCGACCAUGAUGCAGAAAUGAAUAAAGAAGAAGAAGAUUAUGACAAUAAUGACGUGACAAUUAAGAUCCCGGUACACGAGACUGACAAUCUGUCGGUGAUUAAUAGAGGAAUGAGAAGGAAGCCUCCGCCAGCAUCAGAUGAGGAUCUGGACACAAUAGCUCGUCUCACCACUUCAGAUACGGAUAAUAAUGAUGAUGCCUAUUUCAAUCUGAGUGAUGGGUACUCCGGUGACGAAUUGAGAAAAAAGAUGCAACUAAACGGAGUGUCGUCGGAGACUUUUUCCAGUGGAGAGGCUAUGCUACCGCCGGAUGAUUUUGUAUCAUUUACUGAUAAUGAUGAAUCCGAGCCUACAGGGGUGACCAAAGUAAAGGAUACCAAGUUUCCUCAAUUCCCUGAUGUAAGGAAGCACCAUCAACAUUUGUUUGGAAUGAGGCGUCAUAGAUUGAAGGAGGGUGACAAGUACCAAAGAUUUGAUUCGGGACCAAACUCCGAUGACGAGUUGCUGGAAUCGCCAAGUCAGGGACAGACACAGCUAGCACCAACAGCACCUUCCCCAAAACAACAAAUUCAACAACAAGGACACAAUAAUACAUCCAAGAGCAGUCUGCAGCCAGUACAAUUUAAAACCACAAUGAGAAAGACUAAUAAGCGUAAGGAUAGAAAAACUAAAUUCGAUGAGCUUAAGCCGUGGAAGACCCACGAUGAAUUGAAUUUCCUAACUGAACAAGAACGGAAAAGAUACGAAGGUGUGUGGGUAAGCAAUAAAGGACUUUACAUGAAUUUGGUGGUGACAAAGUUGAAUGGUGUUGAUUAUAAUCGAGUUGAUGGAGAAAAACCAACAAUUGAACAUGAUGAUUCAAUGAGGGCGGCGUUGAUAUCAACUAAUGUUAUUCAACCCGAUGCAAAAGAUGAGGGAGACAAUGUUAAGUCAGAGUCGAAAAAGGAUUCACCCGAUGAGGAGACACCCACAUCUAAAGCAGAGGAAGCGGCAAACAAAUUGCAUAGUUUGAAAAAUGCCGAUUUGAACCAAUUGAUACUUGGUCCCGUGGUGAAGAGGCUUUGGAAUCGAAGUCGAUUACCCAAUGACAUUUUGGAACAGAUUUGGAAUUUAGUUGAUUUCCGCCGUGAUGGUACAUUAAAUAAGAAUGAAUUUCUCGUGGGCAUGUGGCUUGUUGACCAAUGUCUUUAUGGUCGUAAGUUACCUAAAAAAGUUGAUUCUGUUGUUUGGAAUAGUCUUGGCGGUAUAGGAGUGAAUGUAAAUAUAAAUCUGAGAAGGUGGAAAUAG